AUGUCACAAAAAUUUGAGCGGAUGCGAGGCAGCAGUCCCUCGAACACGAUCGAUGUCGAAUUACCCCCAUUGUCAAACACGAUUCCAGACCCUAGCUCUGUUCAAUUUACAAAGGUCAUGGAUACCAUGCCACCGCAUCGCUCACUUGAUAAAAGUGAUGGGAGUGUCAAUGAUCAACGUCUCGACGAACAGUUGAUUUCAACUGAUGCUGUGAUGGAUUUCCAUCCUUGUGAGAUAGUCACACUACCAUCGUCGGACACUGUGCAUCACCCCGGGCUUGAAGGUCACCCAAGAUUGAAAAAGAAGUCGGAAACCUAUGAAGAUAUGGUGGCCCGUUGCACGCGGCGUGGAUCCCGCCGCAAGCGUGAAGAUGUGAGAAAAUGGUACAAAGUUCUAAGCUUCACGGAUGUACGUGUCGCUCAGGAUAAUCGAUUACAAGCACUUGCUACGUUCACACCUGUCUGGUUAUCCCUUGAUGAUAUCUCAGGAUUGAGAUCGUAUGAGGAGAUUGAGAGGCUGGCUGUGGCAAAAUACGGCAAGGACUUAUGGUCGACAGCUUCCCAGGACUGGGAUUGUAACGACCUUCACACUCUGGCGAGCCUAGAUUAUGCUAAAUAG